AGCGGAAGUAGAAGUUCUGGGAGACUUGGAAGGUGGAAGCCGGAGGAGUUGUGAGGCUGUGAGUAGUGGGGUUCGUCUGGCGGCUUGGCAGUGAGAAACAGCAUCAGCCUCACCUCCCUAAGAAUUCAGCAUGGAGGAGAAGUCAGAAAACUGUAAGGUUCCAGAGGGUCUGUUUAGUGGUUUGAAGAUUACAGAGCCCCAGGAAGCAGAGUGUGCCAGGCCUGCAGUUCCUGAUGCCAAAGAUCAGCAUUCCCAGAGCAAGCAGCUCAAGGAUGAUGAGGAGGCAGGAGAAGAAGAAUGUUUUCAUGACUGCAGUGCCUUCUUUGAGGAGGAGUCAGGAGUGGAUGAGGUUCGGAACAAGACCGAUGAUGAUGGGAAUUCCUCUGAACUAGAUGAAGAAUACUUAAUAGAACUGGAAAAAAAUAUGCCAGAUGAAGAGAAACAGAAAAGAAGAGAAGAGAGCACUAAACUAAAGGAAGAAGGAAAUGAGCAGUUUAAGAAAGGAGAUUACGUAGACGCCGAAAGCUCUUACACUCACGCCCUUCAGAUGUGCCCGGCAUGCUUCCAGAAAGACAGAUCUAUUCUGUUUUCAAAUAGAGCUGCUGCAAGAAUGAAACAGGACAAGAAGGAGAUGGCCAUCAGUGACUGCAGCAAAGCAAUUCAGUUGAACCCCAGCUACAUCAGGGCACUGUUGAGGCGAGCGGAAUUGUACGAGAAGAUGGACAAACUAGACGAAGCCCUGGAAGACUAUACAGCUGUACUAGAGAAGGAUCCGUCCGUGCAUCAAGCAAGAGAAGCUUGUAUGAGAUUACCUAAGCAAAUUGAAGAGCGAAAUGAAAGGCUAAAAGAGGAGAUGUUGGGUAAACUAAAAGACCUUGGGAACUUGGUUCUCCGACCUUUUGGGCUCUCCACAGAAAAUUUCCAGAUCAAACAAGAUUCCUCCACUGGCUCCUACUCCAUCAACUUUGUUCAAAAUCCAAAUAAUAAUAGAUAACAAGAUCACAAGUUUUAAAAGAAAGUGUGUACUGCUUGCUGUCCGCAGGGAGCAAGGCCCUGCCAGCGUGCAGCUGUCAGAAGCGUCUUCUCUAAAAGGACAGCUGCCCGCUAGAGCCUAGCACCACCUCUCUGCUCCUGCGCUGUGAUCGCUGCGUGUACUUGCAGCACCGUGUGCCGCAUUCGGUCUCCAUUUCACAGAGCUGCCCAUGCAGCUGUUGUCCUGCCCAGCAAGAGGCCUGCCUGUCCAGGUUGGCCUCUGGGCCGCACACAGCCACCAUCCUGGAAGAGGGCGCUCUCCCUAAGCAGCAGGCUGGGAGACAGUAGAUGGGGUGGCAGGGUCCCCAGAAGCUGCCCGCCUCCCUGGCGCCCCCGCUUUCUGUGUUAAUAAAGCUUCGGUGACAGUUUA